AUGAAAUCAAAUUCCUUUGCAGUGAUGAUGAAUUUGUUAGGUGCAGUUUUACUGGUGGCAGCACUAGUUUCUUGUGUUGCUAAUGCACUGACCAAAAGUGAUUUCCCUGCUCACUUCUUGUUUGGUGCUUCAACUUCUGCUUAUCAGGUUGAAGGUGCAGCAAAAGAAGAUGGCAGGAAGCCAAGCAUAUGGGAUACCUUUGCACAUGCUGGCAAUGGUGGACUAUACAAGGGAGAUGGUGACAUUGCAUGUGAUCAAUAUCACAAAUAUAAGGAUGAUGUCAAACUCAUGGCUAAAAUGGGCUUAGAUGCCUACAGAUUUUCCAUAUCAUGGUCAAGACUUUUUUCAGAUGGAAAAGGGCCAAUAAAUCCUGAGGGAUUGGAGUAUUACAACAACCUUAUCAAUGAACUAGUGAGCCAAGGAAUCCAACCACAUGUUACAAUGUAUCAUUGGGAUCUACCACAAGCACUUGAAGAUGAAUAUGGAGGAUGGGUUAGCCGAAAAAUUAUAAAAGACUUCACAGCAUAUGCUGAUGUAUGCUUUAAAGAGUUUGGAGAUAGAGUUAAACAUUGGACUACAGUGAAUGAAGGAAAUGUGUGUUCAAUUGGAGGCUAUAGUGAAGGAUUAUUACCACCUCAAAGGUGUUCGUCUUCCUCUAAAGUUAACUGCUCCAAAGGCAAUUCUUCAACAGAACCAUACUUGGUAACUCAUCAUAUGUUGUUAGCACAUGCAUCAGCUGCAAAACUGUAUAGAACGAAGUACAAGGCCAAGCAAACGGGAUUUAUUGGUUUUAAUCUUCUUGUUUUUGGUUUUGUUCCACUAACAAACACUAGUCAAGACAUAAUUGCCGCUCAAAGAGCCCGAGAUUUUUAUAUUGGGUGGUUUCUGAAUCCCUUCAUUUUCGGAGAGUAUCCUGACUCCAUGAAAAAGAAUGCUGGCUCAAGGCUUCCUUACUUCACCACCAGGGAAUCAAAUUUGGUUAAGGGCUCAAUUGACUUCCUUGGAAUCAAUUUUUACUAUGCAUUUUCUGUUAAGAACAACCCGAAAAGCCUGCAGAAAAAGGAUAGAGAUUACACAGCAGAUAUGGCCGUGGAAGCUAAAUUAUACACCGGAAAUGAUACAACUACAGAUGAGGUUCCAGUUAUACCCUGGAUUUUGGAAGGGCUUCUUCAAUCAUUGAAGAAUGAUUAUGGCAAUUUUCCAAUUUACAUUCAUGAAAAUGGUCAACAAACACGUAGAAAUUCAUCAUUAGAUGAUUGGUCAAGGGUGAAGUCUAUGCAUGAAUACAUAGGGAGCCUACAAAAUAUGUUGAGGAAUGGAUUGAAUAUAAAAGGUUACUUUGUAUGGUCUUUUUUGGAUGUCUUUGAGUUACUAGGUGGAUAUGAAGCAAGUUAUGGCUUAUAUUACAUAGAUUUGAAAGAUCCAACUUUGAGGAGGCAACCUAAACUUUCAUCUGUGUGGUAUUCAAAUUUUCUAAACAACAAAACUAUGGACUCAAAGAUCACCAUGAAAAUUGAGAAAAGUUCAUCUAUCUCCAACACUCCCUUGAUGCGUACUGCCGCUUAA